AUUUUUCCUUAUUAGUUGUCACAAACUUGAGGAUAGUGUAUCUAAUUAGUCCUCAAUAUUUUUGCAAAAGAUAUUUGUUUUGGGCAUUUCGUGGAUGGCUCGCCUGUCAUUAAACCCCAUCGAUCUCCAUAGAUUCCGACCAUGCCUUCAACCUUCUUCUCAAUUCAUUUUAAAUCCUCCCCAACGCCACAUCAAAUUUCGCAAAUUCCACACAUUAGCUUGCCAAACAGAUCCUAACCUUCACGAAAAGGAUAAUAAUAAUAAUAAUACCUCCUCAACCACGCCUCAGGAAAUACGAGUGGUUGUUGAGCCUAGUAGCAGUAAAGCGACGACAAGUUCAACAGUUGAUUCUACCAAUCUUCCUGAAUUGCCAAACAAAGAUAUCAACAGAAAAGUAGCACUUGUUUCUACUUUAGCAGCUUUGGGAUUUUUUCUGUUUACAAGAUUGGAUUUUGGUGUUUCUUUGAAGGAUCUCUCUGCUGUUGCAUUACCUUACGAACAGGCUCUUUCAAAUGGGAAGCCUACUGUUGUGGAGUUUUAUGCAGAUUGGUGUGAGGUUUGUCGGGAAUUAGCUCCUGAUGUCUACAAAAUAGAGCAGCAGUACAAGAAUCGAGUGAACUUUGUGAUGUUGAAUGUGGAUAAUACGAAGUGGGAGCAGGAGCUUGACGAGUUUGGUGUGGAGGGUAUUCCACACUUUGCCUUCCUUGAUAAAGAAGGGAAUGAAGAGGGAAAUGUAGUAGGGAGACUUCCAAGACAGUACCUGCUUGAAAAUGUAGAUGCACUUGCUCGUGGAGAAACAUCGGUGCCUCAUGCGCGUGUUGUAGGCCAAUAUACAAGUGCUGAAGCUCGAAAGGUGCAUCAAGUUGUUGAUCCAAGAAGUCAUGGUUAGAUGACAGCAUACAAUACUUUCUUUUUACACUAAAUUGUUAGGUUUGUUGAUGGACAUUUCAAAAGACAAACAAACUCAUUGCUCUUCUACCUUUUUUUUUCUUCCUUAUUUAUCACAAGCUUAUCAUUACACUAUGAAUGUUGUACAAGUCUGUUAUAGAUAGGAUCCUAAACCAAAUACCAAUGGCAAUUGUUAGCUCAAAUGUCUAUUUGCAUGCAAUCUCUGUGCACUUGAAUGUUUAGAAGUUCCCUACUAUAUUCAUUUGUCAUUACUAAAUAAUAUGUUUGAACAAUGAUUAUCA